AUGGCACCUAAACCAUCAUCCUCAAGAUCAUGGGAUGGCCUCAAUCCUCCCUUGUCACAAUGGGCCUUGGACGCCGUGUCCUCGAUGGGCUUUACUCGAAUGACCCCGGUCCAGGCCUCCGCAAUCCCUCUGUUUAUGGCGCAUAAAGAUGUGGUUGUCGAAGCGGUCACGGGCAGUGGAAAGACGCUUUCAUUUUUGAUACCGGUCGUGGAGAAGCUUUUGCGCCUUGAUGAACCACUGAAGAAACACCAUGUCGGUGCUAUUAUCAUCUCCCCAACAAGAGAAUUGGCUACGCAAAUUUACCAAGUCCUCCUGUCAUUAUUGGAAUUCCACCCGGCAUCUGCUGCCGCGAUUCACCCUCCAGAAGCUGACGCCCCGCGCCCCAAGUCCUCUGCCUCUACCAAGAAAGUCGUUCCACAACUUCUCCUGGGCGGUUCGACAACGCCAGCUGAAGAUCUCAGCUACUUCCUCAAAAAAUCACCUAAUGUGCUAGUUUCUACUCCGGGCAGAUUGUUGGAGCUUCUUUCUUCUCCCCAUGUCCACUGCCCGCAGUCCUCCUUCGAAAUGCUUGUGCUCGAUGAAGCCGACAGACUUUUGGAUCUUGGAUUUAAGGAUGAUCUCCAGAGAAUUCUUCGCCAUCUUCCCAAGCAACGGAGAACUGGUUUGUUCAGUGCCAGUAUUAGUGAAGCUGUGGAUCAAAUUGUCCGCGUGGGACUUCGGAACCCGGUCAAAAUUGCUGUCAAGGUCAAAGGCGGAGGCGGAGCAGAAGACAAGCGUACCCCUGCUAGUCUGCAGAUGACCUACCUCACAACUCCCCCGGCUCAUAAAUUUUCCAUCCUCAAACAGAUUCUGACCUCUGUUAAACCGACGCCCCAGAAGACUAUCUUCUUUGUAUCAACAUGCUCUAGUGUGGAUUAUUUGGCUGUGAUCCUACCGAUUAUCCUGGGAGAUGACUUCCUCCUAGUCCCACUUCAUGGCAAACACCCUGCCAAUGUCCGCCAAAAGAACUUUUCCCGCUUCACCACCUCUACUACUCCCUCGAUCCUCCUUACUACUGAUGUAGCCUCCCGUGGUCUGGAUAUUCCAUCCGUGGAUCUAGUCGUCCAGAUUGACCCUCCAUUAGACCCCAAAACAUUCAUCCACCGAUGUGGCCGAGCAGGUCGUGCCGGACGAAGAGGUCUAAGCAUUGUCCUCCUGCACCCUGGCCGAGAGGAAGAUUAUGUCUCGUUCUUGGAAGUGCGCAAGACUCCCGUCGCACCUUUCAACCUUUCAACCCCAAGCUCCGAUGUGGAUGCUGCCGUGGCCACUCAAGCCGUCCGCGCGGUGCUUCUCAAAGACCGUGCUCAUCACGAUAAGGCUCAGAAAGCUUUCGUUAGUUGGGUCCGAAGCUAUAGCAAGCACCAAGCCAGCAGUAUCUUCCGCGUAGCAGACCUCGACUGGGAAUCCCUGGGCAAGGCAUGGUGUCUUCUUCGUCUACCCACAAUGCCCGAACUGCGUAAAUUCACCGGAGAUCGGACAUUGGGCGUGAGUAAUGACUGGGACAACUACGCCUACAAGGACAAGCAGCGAGAGAAGCGCCGCAAGGAGGUGGCGCUAGAGACCGAAGAAGAAAAGAAGGCUCAACAGGAUUCACGCAAACGAAACGCACCCGAGAGCGCGGCUUGGAGUCUGAACCAAGAAGAAAGAGACAAGAAGUUCAGGCGGAAGGAGCUCAAGAGGGCGCGCAAGGAGGCUGAAAGAUGGGAGCAAUUGCCCGAGCAUCUUAAGCAACAGGAACUCGAGACACAGAAAAUGGUGGAGGCAAUUCGGGUCAAGAAUGAGCAGCAGCGGCUAUUGCAGCUCGCCGCGAAGGCAGAGGCUGAAGGGAAAGAAGGUGGCAAUGACUUUGAAGGCUUCGAUUAG